AUGGCUUUAGACUGCUGGGCCAUGGUGACCUUUCUGUUUGUUUUCCAGGUGACUGCAGCAGAUUUGCCAGUCCCAACACCCGCUCAGGUGCGUUACCAGAGCACAGAUUUUGUUGCGUUGAUACACUUCAAUAUGGGUACCUUUGCUCAUAAUGGAGAUCCUUGCUGCGACAAGAGCAAUUGGGAUGUAGUGGCCCCGUAUGCAACUGGCAAGACCAGUGACCCAGCAACAUUUGAUCCAGAGAAGUUAAACACCACGCAGUGGAUGGAGAGUGUGGCUGCUUUGGGUGCAAACAUUGCAGUGCUGACGGCUAAGCACGGAUGUGGCUUUGCUUUGUGGCCGACAAAUUCCACCUUUCCAGAUGGCAGCCCCUAUGGCUAUAACGUUGGUAUGCCUGGUGCUGCUGUUCAAAAAGAUGUAUUACGAAGUUUUGUUGAUUCUGCAAAAAACGCUGGUAUCGGCUACGGAUUCUACUACUCAAUUAUGAAGAACUUUUACCUUUGUCACAACUUUUUUGGGAAUAAUUCUUGCAAGCAGGAAGUUCUUCCCAGGCAAAGAAAUGUGACAAAUGACGACUACCUGCAUGUGGCCAGACAGCAGGUGACAGAGCUUUGGACACAAUAUGGAAAUCUUACACGGAUCUGGGUUGACAGUGGGCUAGGUGGCUUGGGCAAUCUGAUGGGUGAACUGCAGCCUCAAGCUGCAGGAACACCCCAAAACCCUAUCAAUUGGUGUGGCACGGAGUCUGGACAUCCCUCUCGUGAUGUAGGGCCUGAAGAUGUGUGGAACAUGGGUCCUGGCUACUUUGGCGACCCAAACGCAAGUACCUGGACCCCCAAGUUUUGUGAUCCACAACUUUUCCGAGAGCACAUUUGGUUCUGGGAGCCCAACUUAGAGGUUCGGAACUUGUCAGAGAUGAUCCCAAUUUAUCAUGAUAUUGUGGGAAGGGGUAUGGUUAUGGAAUUGGCAUUCUCAAUUGAUCGUGAUGGGUUGGUGGAAGAAAGCCAUGCUUUGGUGUAUCGUCAGUUGGGAAAUUGGGUGAGGAACUGCUAUGGCUCACCUUUGGCAGUGACUUCUGGCACAGGUAUUGUCUUCACACUGACCUUACAAGCUGGCCAAAUCUUUGAUCGAAUUCAGAUCCAGGAAAACAUCGUGCUUGGACAGCGGGUGAGGAAUUACACCCUGGAGCAGAGUCUGGAAAAUGGUUGGAAGCCACUGGUGACAGCUAGUGCCAUCGGCAGGAGCUGGCUUUCAGGGUGCAGAAGAAGGUGCUACCAAAGUAUGGCUUCCAAGGUUCUCGAAGAGGAGUUGCAGAGAUGA